GUUUAUUAGGUUUAUACCCCAGUAUUUGGAUGUUAGCUCCGCCCCUCCUUUAUAGUCUGGCGAUGGACAUCGUGAGUCAUUUUACUGAUCCGAUUCUUUUGCACAGACUCGUUUAAGUGAAUCAAACUGUGCGAAUUUUUUUUCACCUGUUUGCUUCAGUGGGAUCCAGGAACAUUUAAUUCUUUAAACAGAAUUAAGACUUCGUAAAGAACUUGUAUUUAUUCGGUGUGUGUUGCAAUAUUUCAUUAUUAGCCCCAACAUAGAUUAUAGAAAAGCGACGGGCUUCAGGAGUCAUUUUACCGAUUCGAUUCUUUUGUACAGACUCGUUUAAGUGAAUCAAACUUUAUUUGUUAGACGAAUUACGGUGUGGAAAUAUUUUGUAUUUUGUGACACACAUUCACUUCUUUAUAGCAACAAUUUGUCCAUAUAACAAUCUUUUUAUAUUUAAAUAUACACUGUUGAACAGGCAAUAUCAAUAAUACACGUUUAAGAGCACAUUUUAUAAUUCAUGACAUAACAAAUGUAAAAUAUACGGUAUAAUGUAAUAGAAUUAUAUCUGAGAGUUAGUUAUCUGUAAACAAAACAAAACAAAAAAAAAGCAAAAACAUUCAGAUGACUAUUUUAAGGGAUUCGUUCAAAGGAGUCGGUUCGUUGAUUCAUGAAUCAUGACUCGUGAAUCGUCCAUCACUAGCUGCGGCCAUAGACCGCAAACUGCGGGAGGAGGAGGCAGGGAAAUAACAAAACUGUCCGGAAAGUAACUUUAAAAUCUUUAUCAUGUUAAAAUAGUGCAGUCGCUAUCAUUUCGAGGCACUUUUGUGGACUUUAAGACUCGCAGAAGUUUUGAAGACGGAACUUUGGCAGCUGCGUCUUUUUUUUUUUUUUUUUUUCCAGAAACCCCACAAAAAAAAAAACGACCUAAAAAACGAUGGCGCUCAGAGCGAGAGCUUUAUACGACUUUGUUUCUGAAAAUCCCGGCGAGAUUUCUGUGGUGGAAAACGAGAUUUUGACUUUAUACAGUGAGGAUGUGGUGGACGGCUGGUUCGAGGGCACAAACAGCCGCGGAGAGUCGGGACUCUUCCCCGCGUCGUACGUGGAGAUCUUAAGGACUGAAGAAGGAUUUUCAGUGCAGGGAAACGGGACUGCUGGAAACAUCUACAACCCCACAACCGGAAGUGAGUACGCCUACCAAGUGAGAGGGGACCUUUCAAGCGAGUCCACCCCUCAGAGACACGGUUACCCGACAAGCCAAGGCAGCGAUGACGACUGGGACGACGACUGGGACGACAACCCGACGACGACAACGACGACAACUCACGACCCGAGCGUCCGUCAACACAAACACCAACCCAGUCGCGCCAACUCGGUGUCUUCACGCGGCAGCGGUGGCCCACAAGCCCGAAGCUCAGCAACGGUUGGGAAAAACCUCAACAGGUUUUCUACCUUCGUGAAAUCCGGAGGCGAGGCGUUUGUUUUGGGCGAGGCGUCCGGAUUGGUCAGGGACUGUGAUCAAAUCUGCGUGGUCAUGGGUCAGUUCGGUCCCGAGUGGCAAGAGAACCCGCAUCCUUUCACGUGCACCAUCGAUGAUCCGACCAAACAGACCAAAUUCAAAGGGAUGAAGAGUUACAUGUCGUACGGCCUCAUGCCCAGCCACACGCAAAUCCCAGUGAACCGGCGCUACAAGCAUUUUGACUGGCUGUACGCACGCCUCGUGGAACGCUUCCCAGUCAUCUCCGUUCCCCACCUUCCCGAGAAGCAGGCCACGGGUCGCUUCGAGGAGGACUUCAUUUGCAAGCGCAGGAAGGGUCUGAUCUGGUGGAUGAACCACAUGACGAGCCACCCGGUUUUAUCCAGGUGCGACGUCUUCCAGCACUUCCUGACCUGCAGCAGCAGCGACGAGAAAGCCUGGAAGCAGGGCAAGCGCAAGGCUGAGAAAGAUCACCUGGUGGGCGCCAACUUCUUCCUCACCAUCGUCCCGCCGGCUGCUCCGCUCGACCUCCAGGAGGUGGAAAGCAAAGUGGACGGCUUCAAGACGUUCACCAAAAAGAUGGACGAGAACAUUGUGCAAGUCAACGUGACCAUCGGCGAGUUCUCCAGGAAGCAGAUGACUGGAUUUAAAAAGGAGUAUCAUAAAGUUGGACAGGCCUUUCGGUUGCUCGGGCAGGCCUUCGAACUGGACCAGCAGGUGUAUUCGGUCAAGCUGAACCAAGCGAUGGCGUUCACUGGGGCCGCCUACGAGACCAUCGGGGACUACUUUGCCGAACAACCUCGCCAGGAUCUGGAUCCGGUGUCGGAUCUUUUAGCGAUUUACCAGGGACAUCUAGCAAACUUCCCAGACAUCAUCCACGUUCAGAAAGGAGCUCUGACCAAAGCGAAGGAGAGCCAGAAGGACAAAGACGUCCCGGCGGCGCACGACAUCCACGAGCGCUGCAACAUCAUUUCCUGUGCCACGCUGGCCGAGAUCCAGCACUUCCACCGCACCCGAGUACGCGACUUCAAGGCCCAGAUGCAGCACUACCUCCAGCAGCAGAUCUCCUUCUUCCAGAGGAUCACAGCCAAACUGGAGGAAGCGCUGCACAUGUACGAGCAGGCUUAAAAAAGAAAUGGACAGGAACCCUUAAACUCCGCAAUCCUGAAAGAAUGUGUACAAUCAGGAAAUUUUAAUAGACAUUCACGUCUCUUAAACAGGAAAGAGUAGGAACACGUGCAGGACGUAAUAUUUAGACACAAAUCAAAACAGAGGCCUGAAAAAUGCAGCAGGUCUCACUCUUAUUUUCCAUUUUGUAACACAAACAAUAAAGACAUGCUUUUUUUUUUUUUUUGCUUGUUUUUUUUUCAUUUUUCUUUUUUUUAAUAUGGGUAUUUAGUGUUCCUGAAAUCUGAAAUCGGAAUAAUUUACUGAGUCAUAACAUCAAGCAAAACUUAAUAUCAAUAUCAAAUAAUAGUGCAGAAUUAUAAAUAAUAUAAAUAAUACAAAAUUUGCAAUUCUGAAUAUCCACAUAUUAAAAUAUUUUUGUUGGUAAAUUUAUAUUAGACAUACCAUACAUGAUGGUCCUGAAGUUAUAAGGGCAGCUACUUAAAAAAUAUUUAAUAAUAAUAAUAAUAAUAAUAAUAAUAAUAAUUUUUGUUUUUUUUGUUUUGUUCUGGGAUUUUUUUGUAAUACAAAUUUACUUAGUGUUCAAUAAAUCUAAAUUCAGAAUAAUUACAGAGUAAUAACAUCAAGCAAAAAUAGUUUUUAAUAUUCACAUCCAAAUAAGAAAAAAAUAUAUAAAUAAUAAUGCUAUUUAUUUUAUUAUAAUUGUGUUUUUUAACAUUUAAGGUUACUGACAAAAAGUUUUUAAUUAAGAUUUUAUUUCGUGGAUAUUCAGAUUUAUUUGUAAUGUGCACAUGUGUACAGUCUUUGAAAGCAUUUUUUAAUUCAGUAACGUUUAUGAUCUAACCACAUUUGGUUUCCAUUAAGCAGAAACCGAAAAACUAAACGUGCAUUUACACUUUAAACCGUUUUAACCCAUCAGGGAAACGCAGGACUCGUCAGCAUGAACCCUCGUAACCCAUUUCCUGUAUCUUUGUAUCUUUACAGCGGGACGUUUUCUCACCCUGCUUUUGGCUUUUGGACAAUAAUUUUUUUCUAACAGCUGGAAUUUGUGCCUUAGUUCAAUUCCCAUCUUUUUUCCUGAGUCAUUUUUAAAUACAGAUCUGUAUUUAUGAAUCUCA